CAUACCUUUUGCCGUUACUGCAUUUUAUUACCAAACAAAACCCCCGCCAACCUCGGACUUUGUCAUAAACCGUAAACUUUCAAAACAACUUUUUUUUUUCCCAAACACACAUAAAUACUGGAAAAAAUUACUUAUAUUGGUAUAUACAAAAAAAAGGUGGAAUUUUCUCAGUUUUUGUGUUGAUUUUUCCAAGAAUCUUCCUAGAGAAAAAAAGAGAUUCAAACACGUAUUCAAACAAAAUGUUACGUUCAAAAUCAAGAUCUGAUAUAGGACAAAGGAGCCAUUCUUCAAGAUUUUCAAGAGCAAUUUCUGCAUCAAAGCUUUGUAGAGGUGAUGCUUUGGGUUGUCAAAUUGAUUCAAACGCCCUUGUUUCUCUUGAAAGAAAUAAACCCUCUAAAGUUGACCAUUUAUCUGAGAAUCGGGUGAAUAAAAUUUUGCUGAUGCAAGAACAAAUGGGACAUCUUGAGGAGGAGUUGAAGGAGACAAAAGAGCAAUUAAAUUUUGUUGAAGGAGAAAAGAAUAGAGCAAUUCAAGAACUUAAGGAGACGAGACAAGUUGCUAAUGAGGCUAAUCAGAAGCUAAAUGAGGGAUUAUCACCUAAAAAAGCAGGGGAACUAAUUGCUGAACUUAAGGUUUUGAAGGAAUUGAAUUCUAAAACUCAAGAAGAAUUGAAGAUUAAAGAUAAGAAUAUCGAGUCGCUGAGGCUGGAGCUCGAAAGGGUGAAGAAAUACGAGGUCAAGUUAGCAGAAAAAGAUGCUAUGUUAGGAGGAUUGAGAGAGGAGAUGAAUCAUAUGAAAGCAUCUGAAGUUCAAGCAACAGAACAAUUGUCUGUUUUUAAGAAAAUGGUUAAAGAACUAGAAGUUGAAUUAGAGCAAAGGAAGUUAUCCGAGUCGAAAAUAUAUGAUUCGUUUGAGUCGCAGAUGAGGCAGUUUGAACAAGCUAAGAUCGAACUUGAAGAAGCCAAGCUCGAGAUGGCUUCACUUCACGAGAAGGUUGGAUCGCUAGAGACUUCUUCGAAGAGAAAUAGCGGGCGCCUUAAUGGUUUUUCCAAUGGGGAGAUCGCCAAUUCUGUGAAAAAGGAACUCGAAAGCCUUAACUCUGAACUUGCGUUGGCAAAGGAGGAUGUGGCUAAUGCGCAAGAGAGGGAGAAAAUUGCCCUUUCAAAGGCUAAGAAUUUGAACGACGAGAUAAGCUUGCUUAAGAAUGAAGUUAAGUUGGCUAGUGAGGCAGAGGAAAAAAGCAGAAAGGCGAUGGACGAUUUAGCAUUAGCAUUGAAGGAAGUUGCUACUGAAGCGUCAGAGGCCAAGGAGAAACUCAGUGCUACUCUAUUAGAGUUAGAACAAGUGAAAGAGGAAGCGGGAAAAUUGAAGGACAUGGUUAGAAAUACUGAGGCCAGAUAUCAAAAACUCUUGGAUGAGGCGAAAAAAGAGACGGACCUAUACAGAAAUACAGCAGACAGAUUGAGAUUAGAGACCGAGGAGUCACUUCUAGCGUGGAACGGGAAGGAGAUGGGGUUCAUCACUUGUAUAAAAAGAGCUGAAGAAGAACGAACUCUGGCUCAGCGCGAGACGGAAAGGCUUGCAGAGUCUCUUAAAGCAGCCGAGGAUACGACUAAAGCAGCAAAGGAAGAAAAGUACAAAUUGAGGGACAUAUUGAAGCAAGCUAUCAAUGAAGCGAAUGCAGCAAAAGCUGCAGCUGGCCUAGCUAGAGAUGAAAAUUCUCAACUCAAAGAUCGGUUGGCUGAGAAGGAGGAAGCUUUGCAUUUUCUCUCUAGAGAAAAUGAACGCCUUAAGACCAAUACACCUGCAGCUCAUGAGAAUGUUAACGAGUUCAAACGCUUGCCUUCUUCAUCGUCAGCAGAAUUCAGAACUAAGGAAAUGGUUGAGGAACAUAUAGAGGAUCAUAAAGUCAAGAAAAGUUUCAGUGCUGAUCUUAGAGAGCUGAAACUUCAAAAAGUUGGUGAUUCUGAAAAGGAUGAGGCGCUUAAGGGCUCAAUUUUUGAUCCAACUUCAGUCACACCGAAGUCAGAGCCUCGUACACCACAUUCCCUAUCUCAUCGCAGGAGAGCGUCUUCACCUGCUUUAGCAGAUGAUGCAGGAAAACCAAAUACAAAUCCAGAUUAUAACCAUUCCGAUGAAUCAGAUAGUGAUACGAAUUCUAGUAGUAGAAGAAAAGCAUUGUUCCGAAAAGUUGGUGACCUCAUAAUGAGGAAAAGUUUCCAUAUAUAAGAGAGAACCAUCUUUUGGAUAGUACCUUUUGUAUUAUAGAUACAGGUUGAAAUAGUACAGUUAUGAACAAUCCUACUCAUGCUAUACAAAUGUGUUUCAUUUAUACAAGAAAGUGCAUCCUCGAAGGUGUGUUCGUUUUCGUUCUCUUGUUUGUUUUUUCUGUAGUUUUAACUCCAUUUUU